AUGUUUAUAUCACUCGAGAUCACAGAUGACGGCAAUGAAGACAACAGACAACAGGCACAAAUUUAUGCUCUAAACUCAAUGGACAGAUUCGGUGAUGAUUUGUGUCAACUAUUGUUGUCUUAUCUCUCACUCGAAGAUCGGUUUCGUUUGGAAUUAGUCUCCAAACAAUUUCAGCGGACAUUUAUCGACAGUUUUGUAAAAAUAAGAAGUAAAGUUCAAAUGUUGGCCACAAUUGUUAAAAAAUUAUUGACUGUCGAGGAAUAG